AGACUACUGCCACUUUGAGCCAAGAGGUAUUGGAAUUAAAGGAGAAACUCGCCUCAUUGCAGGUAAUACUCAACAAGUCCACACAUAACUUCAACGUCGUCGUUCACCCAAAACAGAAGUCAAAUAAGUGGAUCGCAAAUAUCGAACAUGCGACUCUCAAAGGCCUCAAGGAAUAUAUACGCAAGAUGUAUCAACUACUCGCACUUGAAAAUGAUGGGGCGGAACUCAACUUCAUGAAUGAUGGAGACAAAUAUUCACUUCAGAACAAUCAAGACCUUUUGUGUGAGCUCUAUGAGCUUAGUGAUGAUCUGAAUCCUAGUAUUGAUGUCUAUUUCGUUUUUCAAUACGGUUGUGCUAACACUAAGGAGGAAAAGUAUAAAGAAGCUUUGCGUAAACUUUUUGAUAAAUUGAAAACUCGUGUCAUGAUAACCCCCAUUGACAUAUCCUAUGAGACCACAAAAAGCAUCUAUUCUUAUUCCUUUCUCGCCUCAGCAACUUAUCUAUUUAAAAGCCAAAUAAAAAUAGUACCCGAAAAGUUGGUCGAAGGCUUUGCUCAGGCUACUGUACAGAUGGAAUCUUCUCUUUCUCGUAAGCGCAAAGCGAAUGAAAUAGACAAUGAGUACGAUAUGAAUAAAGUAUGGGGAUUUUAUUGGAAGAAGCGCAGAAGCUUUAGAGAAAUCGAGGAAAAUAAAAAGGGUAAGGUCAGGCGACCUCGCAGGAAAAAGAAUUAG